CAGAAAGUUCCGUUUAAUAUUUCCAAAGCUUUUAAUCGUCGUGGUGUGGUGGUUGUCAAUGAGCGGCACUGUAGCAGCGUGUUUGGCAGUGGCGAAUGGGGGACGGGGGGUGUCUAGAAUGCUUUGUAAAUAUUUUAAUAUCGAUGGCUGUCUUCUGCGUUCUUGUGCCGUGUAGUAUGGUAGAAAUUUGCCGACGUUUCAGGAAAUGAGGGAAGUGGGAGGUCACAAUUUUCACUUACAUUCAUAACCUAUUCUAAAGUGUUAUAUGCCAAUGUUUUUUUUGCCUCCUUUGUACACAUCUUUUCUGUAUUUUGUUGACAUAGAUAUAGGAAGCCCAAGCAAUGUGCCCAUGAUUUCACAAAAAUGGUUUAAUGGCAAUAAACGUAUCACAUGACAGUACAGUUACAUUCUACUUUGCUUUCUUCAUGUUUCCAAAUCUGUUAUAACCGGAUAAACUGUUUUCUUUAAUGCAGUCACCUGAUUACACAUUCUGGUGUAUUAGGUAAUUUUGAGUUGAUGUGUGCAAAGUUAGGGAGACACUGGAAGUAAAGGGCAGGAGAGGCAGCUGAUCAUCAACAUUUUGCCAAACACACUGACUAUUCUUGGCUGUACCAUGUACCAGUUAUGAAUGCUUUUAGAGUAAAGAGUCUUCCGGACCACCACCUACAAGAGUUAUGGAGCCAGAUAUACAAGAGGGGAGUAAAAGGUGAAAUUUUAAGGGACAUUUUGAUGUUUUAUUUCCAACAUAAAGUGUUUUCACCACCGCCACAUGAAUCAUAUGACGUUCUUGUUGCAUUUUCUGCAAAAGACAUAUCUAAGAAGAUGAAAACUGUAAUUUUCCAAAUCUUAGAAGAGAUUUGUCCAUGUGUAGAAAGCAGUAUUGUGGAAACAUUAUCUUUUUCUGCAAAUAACAGUGCAUCAGUGGAGCUGCUAAAUUGUAUCCUUGUUGGUGGAUUUAUUCCACUGUUGGAUGAAUCUGCGAUGGAAAGAUUGUUUGGCCUUUUAUCAGGAGAGGUCCUAACUACUGAAGAAAGUGGCAAGUUACUGUUGUUUUUAUGUGAAGUUGUUCCAAGACACCAAACAGUUAUGUCUCAAAAUUAUAUCACAAGAUUUAAUAAACAGAUGAUUGUAUGGAUGCAGAACACGCGAUUCUCUCCAGUCACAUCUUCACAAUUUUUUAAUCGUUUGGACACAAGAUCUAUGUCAGAAGUGGAUGGGAGCCCAGCUGGAGAAUACUUUACUGCUUUAACACUUUCUGGCAGCUUCAGUAAGUCACAGGUUAUGAAUGUUCAUACUUUCUCUAUAUUAAGAAAGUGGUUAGAACAAGCUGGUGAUGCCUCUGAAAUACAACAUCUGUUUGAAGCAGUGGGAGAGUACUGUAAUGUUUUGGUGGAGCAGUGUUUCAGGCCAGCUUACAAACAACAUGACACUGCUCUUCAGAAAGCUAUUCUGUGUGAAGUAUUGGAUGUCCUGAAUCAGUUGGUUCAGUUAGACUCAAGUCAAGGCUCACAAAUAUUGCAGGUUGUUAAGAGGAUACAAACUAAUGUGACUGAAAAAUUUAAGUCUGAUCAUUGUGAUAUUUCUAUUUUUGUAAGACUUCUACAUUUCCUUCUUAAUUUUGGUGCUAUUACAGGUUACAAUCCACAGCAUUUCUGCAGCCAGUUUUUUGGAGAUAUAGUUUAUCGUAGCUAUUCGUCUGAGUUAGCAGCUUUUGACAUCGCCACAUUCAUUCUGGAAAAUCAAGUUAAAAUGGCAUUAUUGCAGCAACAACUUACCCAGAAGUACUUUCCAAAUUUGCUGAAACUUAUUGCAUAUCAUCCUGCCAGUCUUGUUGAAGAAUUUGUAGAACUGAUCUCUACAUUUGUGGUUCCAGCCACUACAGUGGAGGUAUUCCACAGCUUAAUUGACUUACCAGCUCUGUCAGCUACACUUUGUCUGCAUCAGGCACCAGCAGUUCUACAACUUGAUCAAAAUGCAGGUUCAGCUGGACCACAGUGGAUGUCAUUACUAGAGACUGUUCACUCACCAGCCUUCCAGCCUGUGUUCAGUUUCAUGCUGAGAAUGGAGAGUGGAAAAGGGAAUGCAUUUGAUGGAAUUGGAACAUAUCUGGAUAUUUUAGGUGAGCUAUCAAGUUAUCCAUUAGUUGUCACCUGCAGUCAGGUAGUUCCGCUGUUGCUUGAUGCAUUCUUCAGUGAGGUGCAGUCCAAGGCUGAUCCACAAGUUCUUGUGGUCCUUAUACCAGCCAUGUUAGAGAGACUGAAGUUUGUCUAUAGAGUACCUGGUUACCAGGAAGCCAUUUGUAGGACUGUACUGCAUCAUUUCAGGACAAUUUUGAAAAUAUGUCCUGAACUAGUAUUCACAGCACAAACAAAUUUUCUUCAGUUUAUCUCUGUUUUGGACAACAGCCAGAAAUAUUCGCAAUUCUACAUGCAUAUAGUAUGGGCUGUUGGUGAAUAUGCAUCUUCCAGUUACAGUAAACAGUGCAGCCAUGAAUUGUUGGUGAAGUAUUAUGAGGUACUGGAAUGUGCUGUUUAUGAAACUCUAUCUGUCAUCUCUGUUCAAGAAAAAAACAUACCCUUCAAACUUCUCAAUAUUGCAAGUGCUUCAUUAGCAAAGCUGGCUAGCCGAUGUCAGGAUCUUAUCCCCAGAGUCUUACUUUGCUUGAGAAAAGUUGGUACACAAGUAAAUACAGGACUACCAAAUGCAAACAAAUCCGAUAAAAAGAUUGUGUAUGACCGAGUGGAGGAAUUAGUGUGUCUUCUCAGCAACCCAAACAUUGCAUCCAUCAUCCUAUCCUCAACACAUACCAAUGAUCCAGCCAUAACAGCUGUGGUAAGGGUGCUCUCUCAUUUUGCCGAUUCCUGAAGAAUUAACGGCAAGCUGUCACUUCCAAAAAAGCACACUCUGGAGUAAGUAAUAUUUAUUUUAUUUAAUUAUGAUUUAUUUAACAACUGUCAGUAGCUCAAACUACAUUAUGUCAAAUGGUAAGAUGAUUAAUGAAGAAUGAAUUGGAAAAGAUAUGGAGGGAAGUUGUCAUAACCUGAUUUAUGGUACUAGACUGAUAGAAAAUUUAAGUGCAAGUGUACACUGCAAAAUGUAAAGGUUGCUUUAAGUUUAUUUUUGUGGAAAGUAGUAGCAGCAGCAGGACUGAAUGACAGUGGUGGUAGUUGCAUAGCAAACAUGGCUGUCAGAUGAUGCAAUAUAGAAAUGUCUAAGGGGAGAAGAAGAUAAAAUAAAAUGUGAAAUGUUUAUUGAAGUUUACUGAACACCCAUUCCUUAUAUUACUUCUGUUGUACUGUCUUAUCUCCUCCGUCCGUCAUUAAGUUUCAAGGUCUUGUCUCAUCCUCUUUGCAGUAGUUUUUGUAGUAAAUUAAGUAAUACUUUCCCUGUUGAAAAUGUGUUGUUUUUCCAGUUUCAUGACUUCUGCCACUACAUUUUUCCACUUGUGGAAAGAAAUAACCUUUUUUUAAUUCUAUGUACAAUGUGGCCUUGCCAUAAUAGCAUUGAAGUAUGUAUAAUGUGAUGUCAUGAAUCCCAGACAUUAUGUAUAAAUAAGACCACUCUAAGUGUAUAUUGGAUUAGUAGAAGAGUUUCGGAUGCAGAAUGAUAUUUUGAAGGAAAAUGUGGUAUUGUUUCCAGAGUUUCUGGUUUAUUGUUAUCUUACUGUGCAAUGGAGAAGAGAUAUUCAGGAAGGGGGGGUCAGAGUACAUAUUUUCAGGCAAUGAACAGCCAGAAUUACUCCAUAAAGGUUACAGACCACACCCAUUACAAUAAAGUGAUCAAUACCUUAAUUUCAAAACAAAUAUAUUUUCAUAUUUCCAUGCUUAGAAAUUAUAUUUCUAUCUAUAGAAAAGCACUCAUACUAUUCUGCCACUAUUCACAUCAACAAAUUAUUAUACCUUAUGCAUACAGUAAUGUAAGUAGGUGGAUUUGCAAUGGCUUAUCUAGUGGAUACUGUUAUGCCUGCUGCCCAUUACAUGCAUAUGAAGAGGAAGGUCAACAGAGGUCCUAACAGUUCAGUAAUAAAGGGAUAGUUUUUAAAACAAUUUCUUCUAAGUGCAGAGUAUUACAGUGAAUAAUGUUGAUGACAGGGUGGAGUGAUACAGUAAUAGUACAUAUAGAAUUACUAACAGAUGGAAUAUAACCUACCACACUAGUCAUUCCAUAAUAAACAGUAAAAUUUAAUGUCCUUAGCAGCUUAAUUAUAUUUACAGACAAUGAUAAUAAUAAUUAGUUCAUUGCCCUGAUGAUGGAGGCAGCAGCAAACUCUGAAAUGUCAGUUAACUUUUACCAGACUGCACAGAACUACAACCCAGAAGAUGGCCAUCUUCGUAUUUGAGAAACUGUUAUGCCAGUUCAUAUCAAGUAUUAUGAGAAUCAUAUGCAUAUAAAAAUAGAACAUCUUACAAAUAUACAAUAGUAAGUGAACGCAAUCAAAUUAAAGUAGUGAUUUUCAACUUUCAUGCCUUUGAACUGACGAGGAUUCUCGACAGGAUACACAAACACUCAGAAAGUACUUGUGAAUGAAAAAUUUUGUUCCUGAGGUCCGUGUACUUCUCUUACAUGAUGUGAUUUGCUUACACUUAUAUAACCAAUAUUUGUGUUAAAUAAAUUCUGUUUGCUAUGGUACUAGUGAUUAUGUUUUGUUCUCGAACAGGGAUUUUGUAUAAUUGCUGGUCAUUACUAUAACAUAUACACAUUUUAAAUGCUUAUAAUUAUGACAAGCUGCAAUAUGAUAUUUUAUCCUGAUUUAAUAAUAAGGGGUGAAGUCAGCAAUGCCAUAUUGCACAAAGAGCACACAGUCUUAUAAAGGUGUGGAAAUGUGGGAUCUUGAGGAUUAUAAUUAAAUAACUGUGGCAAUAUAAGGGAUUCAAGCACUUCAAAUAUUUCUGUUUGGAGUUCCAACAUUUGUAUCUCCUGCACAUUUGCCUCAAACUCCUUCCACUGGACUUCAGUGCUGUACCUUAUACUCUGCAUUUCUCCCAAGGCUGAAACAUGUUUUAUCAGAAUCAAAUAUAUCAAAGAUAAUUGGGCAUUUUAAUGUGCCUUAUAGCAUCUAUAUAUGUAUGUUUAUGUUGAAAUUUACAGUUAAGAUUCAAAUUGUUAAGUUACAAAGGACUGUAAGAUAUAUUCAUUGUUCCCAUAUAGGUCUAAAAUUGCUGCAUACCUUUAAACCUCUGCUUGCUGUUUGAGUUCCAUAUUCCAAUCAUGGCCCAGCCAUCUGUUGAAAUAUUGUGUCUGUAAUUUUCUUCAGUUGUUAUGCCAUUAUGGACUGGAGUAUUUGGUUGGAUGAAUACAGAUUCAUUAACAUUGGACCAUUUAAGGUGUUUCUUUUCUAUUAUUUUGGAAUUCUCCUGAAGGAAAGCUAUCAACUCAUCAUUUAUGUCUUUAAAUUUGCAAUCUACAACUCUGGACACUUCAGACACUAAUGCCAUAUACUCUGAGAAAAGUCUAACCAAAGGUUCAUAUGUAAACUUACUCCAAGUGUCAUCAUUCUGUAACAGAUUGUAAUUAAGUAUAAUUAAUUAUAACAACCCCUGAGCACACAAAGUUAAAAUAAUUAUAACAUUUUUGAAACUCUGAAGGUAUUAGAAAAUUCACAUCUGCAAUACUUGUUCAGUAAUGACAAAGUUCAGUUCUGUAACACAAAACAUUAUUGGACACAAAAAGCAUAAAAUUAAAAAUAAUUUUAUUAUGCAUUUUUACAAAAUAAUUGGAAGGUAACUGCAUAUAUCCUAUUUUUGGAUGUAAUCACCAUACAUUUCAUUCACUACCCCACAAGUUUCUUUAACCUUUUCACAAUAUAAUUUUUAUAAAAUGAAAAUACUGAAUAUGAAAGUAACAUAAGAGCAGGUUUAAUUUAAAAAGUUCAAAAAUAAUAGUGAACACAUUAAGAACCUACAGGACCAUGUGAAUUAAUAUAUUAGGAUAAUGUUAAAACAAGCUUUCUUGUUUGUUUUCAUGCUACGUCCAAAGUACCAUGUUUAAAUAUUCUGCCACCAUCUGUUUAUAUUCCAAAAGAUUGGUAAAGAAGCAAAAGUGAAUCAAACAUUUUGUUGCUGUUCUAUCUGGUAUUUUCUCUUUCAGGUAAUGAAUAAAGAUUGCUGUCUCCCUCUUAUGAUAACUCA